AUGUCAGAUCAAGUCAAGCCGCCACGUCGAAACACAGCGGAGGACGAGACACCAGAGGACCGCGCCGCCGAGGUGCCGGCGGAGGACGAGGAGGAGGUGCCACUCUGCCAGGAUGACACUUACGAUGCCACCCUCUCCCUGGCAGAUCGCGAGGCUAAGUGGGGCUUCUCCUUCAGUGAACUGCAAUCCGCCGUAAAGGUUGUUCGGGUGCUGUUUCACAAUCCUGCCCUCUAUGUCGGGGACCCCUACCUCUCUGACAGCCGCCUCUACACAAUGAUCACCCGUGACCGGAAGACGAAACGCGAGAACCGCGAUAUUUUCAAGGCAAUCAUGAAUGGAGAGAAGAGUCGUCGCAAGCGCUACCUGCGCCAGCAGGACAUCGAGGCGGUGCGCCGCACUGCCAUGAAGCGCGAGCGCGAUGAUGCUCUGAGCGCACUGCUUCUCACGGGCAGCGAAGGGGCCAAUGACAACGUAGCACCGCUUCUGCUAGCUGAGCGGCCGAAGGCGCCGGAGUUGAACGGCAGCGACCAAGGCGAAGACAGCUUGAAGAGCGGUGCUGCCGGCACCGCCUCUGCAGGCGAUGGCAGUGCGGCAGGUAAUGCGGACACGCUGAGCCUCUCUGCAUCGGAGAAAGAGGUGUUGCGGCUUGUUGGCGCCUUUGAGAACCUUCUGCGUCUGGAGCAGGCCCUUCGUGGAGAGCGGGUUGAGGGCUACGAAGGGGACAGCGCAACAGCAGGGGGAACUACUGCGCGGUCUGCUGCUGCGGCAUCAUCAUGUGUGGCGAACCCACCCGUCACCGGCGGAGAAGGCGAUCCAUCUGCGUCUAGCGCAUCCUUCUCCAGACUGAAGAAAUUGCGUACGGAGACGGAUGCGUCGGCGGCCGUCCCCGCCGUGGAGCUGGACUGGCUUGUGAUCACUCAACUCACCGCACAGGUGUACCGCUACCUUCCGCACCCGUACGGUUCCCAGAUGCCGCCACCCUUGUUUGAUGGCGCCGGGCCGGCGGACGCCGUGAACUCCCCUCUUGUGAUGCGCAGCUAUGUUCGCGGCAUGAAAUGCUAUGUGGCGCAGCGUGCUGCGGCGCUGGUGCACCUCGCGAAGGCGAGGGCACCUCCGAAUACGCCAAAUUUGCCCAUCACCUCGGGAGGCACGGAGUCUGUGCCGCUCCGCUCCCUAUUGGCGUCUACGCUCCGCGAUGUGAUCGUGCGCACCCCUCUUGUCGAGCUGCAGUCGAUUCAUGGUCUUCGUUCGUUGAUUGAGAAUGACGACCCCAGCGCUGCGUCUUCGCAGAUGAUGGCGGCGGUGGACCUGCCGCUGGACGACCUGCUACGAGCGCUCGAGCUGGUGCUGCUGGAGGGGGCUAGUGACGAGCGGUUCUGCCCCGUGCCCGCGACCACUGACGGCGAUUGGGAGCAGGAUGAAGGGCGUGCGCGCGCGCAGCAGCAACUUUGCGUCGCUGAGCAGACGCUGCACUGCUUCAUCGCGCGCCGCGUGUACGGCUCUGCCAAAGUGCGCGGCUGCGGCCCUUCGCCGGUGCUGAUUCAGCACCGUCCUCCCACCUCCUCGUCAGAGGAGCCGGAGGGGUACUGCAUCUACGACGAUGUGCAGCGCUACGCUGUCGAGCACCACGAAGAUGACGCGCAGUUGAAGCUGAACAAGUUUAUCGGGUGCCACAUCUGCAAGGUGCGAUACAACCGCCUCCACCCGUACUACUACAGCAUGUGCCACCUCUGCGGCGAGUACAACUACAACAAGCGCCUCAUGGCGCGGGAUUUGCGCGGCAAGACGGUGCUCCUCACGGGCUGCCGCAUCAAGAUCGGGUAUGCCAUGGCGCUCUCGCUGCUUCGCUGCGGUGCCACAGUGCUCGGCACCACCCGCUUCAUUCACGAGGCAGUAGCGCGCUUUCAGCAGGAGAUCGACUACGACGUUUGGAAAGACCGCCUGCACCUCUUCUCGCUCGAUCUGCGUGACAUGUGGGUUGUCACGCAGUUCUGCGCGUUUGUGCGGCAGAGAUACAAGAAGCUGUUUGCCAUCAUCAACAACGCGGCGCAGACCAUCGCGCGGACACCGCAGUACACGGAGCACCUCCGCAACAUUGAGCUGAACCCGCCAGCCACCCUGCAAGCCAGCAUCCAAGACGACGAAUGCGCGGCUGAGUGGCACAAUUUUUUCCGCCACCACACCACCGUGACGGUGGGGCAGCCGCUGUCUAUCGAGUACCACCCGAGCAUGCAGCCCUUCCUCGACACAAGCCAGGCGGCUUGCCACGACGAUGCAAGCGAAGAGAUUCACAGCAAGAGCGCAGUGGCGUUGCACGUGACGGGCGACCGCACCCUCAUCUUUGACCGCUACGACACGCAAGCGGAGGAGAGCGACCACCGUGAGAAGAACUCGUGGGUGAUGAACCUCGCUGAGAUACAGGGCAGCGAGGCGGCCGAAGUGAUGGCCAUCAACGCCCUCUCCCCUUUCAUUCUCAAUGGGCGUCUCAAGGUGUGCCUGACAGACCGCGAAGGCGACGCCGUGCCGGGCGAGCCGCGCUUCAUCAUCAACGUCUCGGCGAUGGAGGGGCAGUUCUACCGGUUCAAGCAGACGACGCACCCGCACACGAACAUGGCCAAGGCGGCGCUGAACAUGAUGACGCGCACGAGCGCCGACGACUACGCAGCGGAGGGAAUCUACAUGAACUCGGUAGACACCGGCUGGAUUACGGAUGAGUCGCCGAAGCUGAAGAAGGAUCGACGGGCAGAGCAGUUUAUGCUAUGCCCGCUGGACGAGGUAGAUGCGGCGGCGCGGUGUCUGGAUCUCAUCUUCACAAACAGCCGCGUGUACGGCAUGUUUUACAAGGACUUCAAGGUGAUUGCGUGGUGA